UUUUCCCAGCUCUACGUAGUAGGCUUGUUUCUGAGUUUUAACGAGAAAUCGGGCAUAUGUAAAUAAUAUAUUUAAUUCUGUAGUUUUCAGUGAAACCAAAGCUGAACUGUUGUUCUUAUUUCCAAAAUUCACUGCAGUUUUUAGAGGCAUCGAAGAUCUAAAAAAAUCACACACACCCACAUCUCUAUAUAUCCAGAUACACACAAGAAACACACACUGACAGGAACGAUGGCCAUGGCACUCAAUUUCGGUUCUGUAAAGCUCAGUAAAUGGCAACUGGCCUUAAUAUUGGGAACUCCCCUGGCCAUUGGAUUGGGGAUCUAUGUCAUCAAUCGAUCUAGUGCUAGCGGCGAGGGAAAGGGAACGAAGGGCAGCAACAAGGUGGGUGGUGACAGUGCGGGGAAGCGUUCAAAAGGGCAACUGGACAAACAGAAUUUGUCCAUAGAUGGCACUGCGCCCGACAAAGAACUGGAGGUUAAGAAGAAAUCGGCCGAGCUGGGUGAGAAAAUGUCACCGCUAAAGGAGGCCAAUAACUAUAAAACGGAGGGCAAUAAUUGCUAUCGCAAUGGCAAAUACGAUGAGGCCAUUAGUUUCUAUGACAAGGCCAUUGACAAGUGUCCCAAGGAGCAUCGCUCGGAUUUGGCCAUUUUUUAUCAGAAUCGCGCCGCCUCCUAUGAGAUGCUGAAGAAAUGGAACAAAGUCAAAGAGGAUUGCACAUUGUCGCUUGAGAAUAAUCCACGCUAUGCCAAGGCCUACUAUAGACGGGCACGGGCCAAUGAGGCCACCAAGGAUAUGGUCGAUUGUCUGGAUGAUGUCACGGCCACUUGUAUAUUGGAGAUGUUCCAAAACAAUAAUACCAUAAUGUUUGCCGAUCGUAUUCUCAAAGAAACGGGCCGUGUGGAUGCACAGGCAUCGAUGAAAAACCGUAAACCAAUUGUGCCCUCAACCAGUUUUGUGAAUACAUAUAUGCGUUCCUUUAUUGCCGAUCCAUUGCAAAGAACUGAUCUGCCUAAAUCGGAUGGUGCACCGCUACGUGGUUUCCUGAAGGCUCGUCAAGCAUUUGAUGAUGAGAAAUUCGAUGAAAUUAUACCCGCUUGCACUGAGGAAAUUGAAUCAUCGGAAGCAGAAUCCCAAUACAAGGUGGAGGCUUUGCUGUUGCGUGGAACUUUCCAUCUGCUAUGUGGUUCCUAUGAGGAGUGCAAACAGGACUUCAAUGCCAUCAUUGAAAAUGAUGAUGCGGAUGCCAAUCUGCGUGCCUAUGCCUAUAUGAAGAGGGCAGCACUUUUCAUCCAAUUGGAAGAUCGGGAGCAGGGUUUGGCCGAUUUUGACAAGGCGGAAAAAUUGAAUCCCAAAAAUGCCGAUCUCUAUCAUCAGCGUGCACAAAUUUUGUUGCUUUUGGAACACAUUGAACCUGCUCUGGCUGAGUUUGAUAAGGCCGUGAGUUUGGCUCCAGAUCAUGCCAUUGCUCUAGUACAAAGAUGCUAUGCAGAGUAUCGUCUUGCGCUUCUGUCCGGCGAUCAGAAGCGUUUGGAGAGUGUUAUGCGUUCUUUUGAACAGGCCAUUGAGAAAUUCCCCGACUGUGUGGAAUGCUACAGUCUGAUGGCUCAAGUUCUUGCCGAUCAGCAGCAAUUCCCACAAGCCCACCAAUAUUAUGAUAAGGCUAUGAAAUUGGCACCAACUAAUCCAGCUCUGAUUGUCCAUCAGGCCAUCAUGAUGUUGCAAUGGCGUGGAGAUAUCGAGAAGGCUGUUCAACUUCUAGAGCACGCCAUCGAAGUUGAUCCCAAAUGCGAAUUGGCCUAUGAAACUCUUGGCACGGUUGAAGUACAAAGGGCGCAUCUAACUCGCGCCGUUGAGUUGUUCGAGAAGGCAUUAAUCUACUCGAAGAGUCAAGCUGAAUUGGUUCAUGUCUACUCGCUGCGCAAUGCUGCAUUAGCCCAGAUAAAUGUGACCAAAAAAUUGGGUAUUGAUAUGAAUUCGGUUUCGGCAAUGGCGCAAUCUGGUUUCAUGGCCCAGGCGGCAAUGUAGACCACAAAAAACCCAGAGGAACUUGAUGGAGGAGGUGACCAGCAUUUAGCCAGAAAUAAAUCCCAAAAUAAGUUUAUCUUUUACGUACCCCUUAACACAACCAUCACCACCAUCGGACCUGUUAUAUAGUUAGAUAUAACGUAAAAAUUGAAAACCAUGUUUAAGUUUAAAAAAAAAAAAACAUAAAAAACAAAAACCUCUUAGUUUUUAGGCUAUAGAUCAUCGUUGGCGGCGCUGGAAUCGUUUUGUGUAUUAUAUAUAUAUAUAUAUAUAUACAGAUAUAGAUAUAUCUAAUUUUAGAAUCUGUUGCCUAAGGAAAUGAACCACUAAAGAAAAUGAAAAACUCAAUAGUUAAUUUUUAGUUACCAAAUGUUUUGUGUUUCGGAAUUGUUUGUGAUCAAAAUGAAAAUGACAAUUAUCAUUGCCAAUAAUAAGAAAAAUUUAAAUGAAUUCAAAAAAAUUGUCAGAGAAAUCGAAAUAAAACCGAUUAGUCGCGAUUGUCAUUUGUCA